AGUGAGGAAAUGAGACGGAUGUAUCUAAUUCGAAAGAUGGAAAAUAAAUUGUUGGUUCCAGUUAAAUUACUUGGGAUAGACAAUCUUGGGGAAUCAGUACUCAGUCUUCGUCUUUAAACUAAACGGACUGGAAGCGUAUAUAUUGUGAAUCCUAGGUGUACUCCAAGCAUUUUAUUAUCAGUCAGUAAUAUAUAUCAUUCUCACUGUCGCUGUUAUUGAUUGAUUGACUCUAGAAAAGAAGAGCUACAAACACUCAAGAUGCCAACUCUCGGUCAAGAAACUAAUGACAUUACCAAGGUGAUGCCAGACUUUGUUCGUCCUGAUCUUCCAUCGAGAUGUACAUGGACAGUGGGCAAAGACAAAACCACGAGCCCCCAUUCACAAUGGAAAUUAACAGAGCGCCCUAAAAUUAUGCCAAAUAUUUUGCACGCCAUAGGACAGACACCCCUUGUUAAACUUAAUCAUAUUCCUCAAGCUGAGGGUAUUGAAUGUGACAUGUAUGUUAAGUGUGAAUUUCUAAACCCUGGAGGUUCAGUAAAGGAUCGCAUUGGGUAUCGUAUGGUGGCGGAUGCUGAAUCAAAAGGACUUUUGAAGCCGGGAUGUACAAUAAUUGAGCCGACUUCAGGAAAUACUGGCAUUGGACUAGCAAUGGCAUGUGCCGUUAAGGGUUACAAAUGCCUUAUUGUUAUGCCUGAGAAGAUGUCCAAUGAAAAGGUGAAUGCCCUAAAAGCUCUUGGAGCAAAAAUUAUACGCACUCCAACUGAAGCGAGCUUCGAUUCACCAGAAGGCUUAAUUGCCGUCGCCCAGAAGCUUCAGAAAGAAAUUCCAGAUUCAAUUAUCUUGGAUCAGUAUCGCAAUGCGAGCAAUCCGGUUAGUCACUAUGAUGGAACUGCCUCUGAGAUCCUCCAUCAGAUGGGUGGUCACGUGGAUAUGAUAAUUUGUGGUGCUGGAACUGGAGGGACCGUUUGUGGAGUAGGUCGGAAAAUGAAAGAAGAAUGCCCUACUUGUACUGUCGUUGCAGCUGAUCCUGAAGGAUCAAUCCUCUCGCUUCCUGAGGAACUGAACAAAACCGAUAUCACUUUCUACGAAGUCGAGGGUAUCGGUUAUGAUUUCGUUCCGACUGUUUUGGAUAGAAGUGUUGUGGAUCUCUGGGUCAAAUCAAACGACAAGGAAGCACUUCCCCUGGCCAGAAGAUUGAUCAGGGAAGAAGGAUUGCUGUGUGGUGGAUCAAGUGGAACAGCUAUGUCAGUGGCUCUAAAAGCAGCGAAGAAGCUGAAGAAAGGUCAAACUUGCGUGGUAAUUUUGCCAGAUGGUGUCAGGAAUUACAUGACGAAGUUCAUCUCGGACAACUGGCUGGAAGCAAGGGGUCUCAAGGAGACAGAAAAUAUUCACAAUCAUUGGUGGUGGAAUAAGAAAGUGGAUGAAUUGAAAUUAGACGAAUUGGUCAAAGUCAACGCUACAGAUGAAAUUCAGACAGUCGUCAAUGUAAUGAAGAAGAAAAAUGUGGAGUACGCCGCAAUCAUAAAUCAACCACAAGGAUCACUUAAAGGAACCGCAACUCUAGCUGAGCUUAUGGUCAAGGUUGGAAAUUUCAACUUAAAACCUAAAGAUAAGAUUGAUCGAGCUAUCUUCAAGCAAUUUCGUAAGAUUACGAAAACCACUCAUUUGGGUCUUGCAUCGAGAAUUCUCGAAAAGGAUCCAUUUGCUCUUGUUGUUGAAAAUGUAGAUGGUGUGGAAUUUCCUAUUGGAAUUAUUACACGAAUGGAUCUACUUUCUUACAUCAUGAAUAAUUCUACAUAGAUUUUCUUGGCACUAGCAUCUGAUGCAAAUAAAUCAAUCCAAUAUUGUAUCAAUUACAUUAGUAAAUACUUGAGAAUGCAAUGUAUCAAAGGACAGUCAGGGGCAUCUAUAAAACAUGUUUUUAAUGGAAAUUGUAAAGUUUUCUUUCCCAAUAAAUGAACUUUUUUACAUCAUGGACAAA